AUGUCUUCUCUCUCAAUGUGCCGUCAAUGCCUCCGCAACACCCUGCGCAACCAGUAUCACCGUGCUCGACUCCAGCCACCUCUCAUCGUGCGCCGUGCAGCCUCGACGGAAGGCGGCGGCAAACCCAUCGUCCUCGAGCAGCCAGACAAAUUUCGCCCGCCCUCACAUCCCGCGCGAUUAAACCGUCCCCGGCGCCCGCCCGCGGCGUAUAACCAGGGAACGACGUCGGAGGAGAAGGAGAGGCAGAAGACCAAGUCCUACCCGCACAUGUUCCCCAACAAGGGCUCUUUUAUGCAUUGGUUCUUGACGGAUCGGUGGAUUCAUCUUUGGAUCACGAUGGGCACGCUCACGAUUCUCGCCUGCAUCACCUUCACCCAGUCAUUCAUGCGCACGUCGCCCUACGCGCAUCUGGUGCCUCCCGUAUCCUCGUUUCCGCUCCACCCCAUAAACUACAUCCGGGAAACCCUAUCCGUGCUCCGACUCCACGUCGACUACGAGACGGCCAAGACGAACGAAUCGCGGCAGCAGAAGAUCCUCGACGCCCAGAAACGCAGGCUCUACCGCCGCGCCCACGGCCUGGAGGAUCUCAACGCGGAAGAGGAUCAGGGCAUCGACGUGCGGGGUCUGGUGCCGUGGGACGACGGCUUGACGGCCAAGGAGAGGGAAAAGGGAGGCAGGGAGAUGGUUCUCACGGGCCGCGACGUGGUUGCGCUCGGGGGCGUGCCCGGGAAUGGCGGGCUGGAGGACGUGGACGAGUUCGCGCGGAAGAUGGAGACGGAGCAAGGCGAGCGGAUGAAGCUGGUCAAGGAGAAGGGAGUGGACGCCGUCGUGCGCGCCGAGGCCGAAGCCCAAGCCGGAGGCCUGACUCUCGAGGAUGCUCUUCAGCAACAGCAACAGCAACAGCUGCGAGGCCAGGAGUCGCAGGACCACGAACCCCAACAGCAGCAGCAGCAGCAGCAGCAGCAGAAGCGAAAGAGGAAGUUGUGGCUGGGCAUCUGGUGA